AUUUCUCACCAUGUUGUUCUUCCAGGUCUUCUGUGCACUUUCGGUGAACCCCCACCCCUUCCUGCUGGUCCUGCCCUCCUGUGGACAGAGGGUGUGAUGAUGUUGGAGGCAGACAAACUCUGCAGAAGUUCCCAGGACGAGCGCACAGCUGCACCGUAUGAUGUCUCCUCUUUCUCCGCGCCUGCUGCUGCUGCUUGUCUGCCUGCUUUUACCUGUGUAUGGAGUGGAAAAGGUGAGAAGUAGAGGAUACCGAAAGGAUCCUGAUGCUGACAAGUAUAGCAGCUGCAUGCAGGGUCCAGCAGGAACCCCUGGACGAGACGGUAACCCAGGCGGCAACGGCAUCCCGGGUACCCCGGGCAUCCCUGGGCGCGACGGACUCAAAGGCGAGAAGGGCGAAUGCAUUAGCGAAAUAUUCGAGGAACCCUGGAAGCCCAACUACAAGCAGUGUGCUUGGAACUCCUUAAAUUAUGGGAUUGACCUGGGAAAAAUAGCUGACUGUACGUUCACCAAGUUGCGCUCAGAUAGCGCCCUCAGAGUCCUCUUUAGCGGUUCCCUCAGACUCAAAUGCAAGAACGCAUGCUGCCAGAGGUGGUACUUCACCUUCAAUGGAGCCGAGUGCACGGCACCUCUGCCAAUAGAAUCCAUCAUCUACUUGGACCAAGGCAGUCCAGAGCUCAACUCCACCAUCAACAUCCACCGGACAUCUUCAGUGGAAGGGCUGUGUGAGGGUGUGAAAGCAGGGUUGGUGGACGUGGCCGUAUGGGUGGGGACCUGCGCUGACUAUCCACGCGGCGAUGCAUCCACAGGGUGGAACUCCGUUUCCAGGGUUAUCAUCGAAGAGCUUCCCAAGUGAAAACUGUUACAUAAGAGGAACGGGACCAGCCCUGCUAUAACCAUACGUGAUCUGGCUUUCUGCAAUAAGCAGGUACGGCUUGCUGAUUGUAACUUGAAUGUUUUUAAUUGACGUUCCUUUUCCCAGGAAAACAAAACAAACAUCGGUACUGUAACUUUCCUGCUCACGGGUGCUAUCGGCAGUCAUUGCCAAUAUGUAAACAUUUAUAUGCAUUACUGUUGUCAAUAAAGUGAUCUUUUAGUAAAAAGAAAAAAAACCAGUAAUGAUGAAAAAUCAAUGUUAGCUCACCUACAUUUAGUUUAACUGUAUUUGCAUACUUAGUGUGUAGGUUUUUUUUAUCUGUGCUAUCAGGUUUUUAAAUAUGCUCUUUGUACGGGUAUGUUAAGUAAAUUGUUAUUCAGUUUCAGUACUUUCCUACUCCUGAUUUCUCUGGGAAACUCCCGUUUUAAUACUUAACUCAAUUUUUCUCAUGUUCUGACUUUCAUUUUUUAUUUUUAUUUUUAAACAAAUCUGCUACUGCCCGCAUCAGCGUAACACAUCUUGUAGCUGGUAUGUCAGGCAUUUCAAAUAAAAGCAUGCCUGUAAAAUAA